AUGUUCUGGUCGAGUAGGUGUUCCAGCAAACAUACUUUGCUAAAAGGAUUGAAGGUGUUAGAGUUAGCAGGCCUAGCUCCAGUACCACACUGCGGUUUAUUAUUAGCUGAUGCAGGUGCAGAUGUGACUGUGGUUGAGAAAAAAAAGAGCAAUGACUUUGUCGAACAAAGAUUAAUAAGAGGGAAGAGGCUUGUGCAGGCUGACUUGAAAAGCUCUGCUGAUUUUAAAGAAAUCAAAGACAUGAUAUGCAAAAGUGAUAUUCUUCUUGAUCCGUAUAGACCCGGAGUGCUUGAGAAGAUAGGACUGGAUCCUGUGAAACUUUUGGAAGAGAAUCCUAAACUGAUUGUUUGUCGGCUGACAGGAUACGGCCAAUCGGGGCCUAUGAAGAAUGAAGCUGGUCAUGACAUUAACUAUGUUGGAUUAUCAGGAUUACUUCCCGUUAUAAGCAGUCAUAAUACGAAGCAGCUUUGGCCACCUGCUAAUUUGCUGGCUGAUUUCGCUGGAGGGGGACUUACAGCGGCGUUUGCAGUCUUGGUUGCAGCAUUGGCUAGAUCAUCAAACGGCGGCAAAGGGUGUAUUAUUGACUGUUCGAUGGUAGAUGGGUUAGCAUACUUAGGUACAUUCAUUAACAUGUUCCAAGAUGUCGACAUGUUUUGGAAAGAGCAAUACGCAAUUUUUAAAGGCAACUAUCCAACUUACAGGACAUACUCGACUAAAGAUGAGAAAUCUGUUGCCGUGGGCGCGCUUGAACCGCAGUUCAAACAAAUUCUUUUCGAUAGCAUAACGUCUAAAUUGGAAAAGAUCUUUCUGCAGAAGACAAGAGAGGAGUGGACUCAAACCUUCAAGGGGAAAAACGCCUGCGUGACACCUGUCCUUGAUUUAUCAGAUUGCGGAACUCAUGAGCACAACAGUUCUCGGGGGACAUUCUAUUCAGAGAGAGAUCAUUGGAUUCCGAACUUUGCUCCUAAGUUUUACAGCAAGGAGGAGUUUGUAGAGUUACGUAAAACGUUAUAA